CAUUACCUAUUUGUUUUAACUGGAGGAGAAUUUGGGUAUUUAAAGAAAGGGAUUGAAUAUUGUCAUUAGUUGCGUCGUUGUCUUGUAUUAGAGGAUUUAAAAUCAACAUGGCAGGUAAUGGAAAUGGACAAUCUAGCUGGUCAACCAAUGUGGUUGCCCCACAAGCAAUGACGAUGACCCACGUACCCCCACCCCCCGAAGACUACACCUUCAGAGCGCUGAUUGUCACGUUCUUGUGUUUCUGGCCCCUGGGGCUGUACGCCUAUCUAAAAGCAUCGGAGGCAAAAAAGAGCUACCAAAUGGGAGACAAUGAGACGGCCCACGCUCUGGCUGACCAGGCGCGACAGUUUACCAAUUUUUCGAUCAUCGUGGGAAUCGUUUCCUAUAAGAACCGUAAUCACCCACCCCCGGAGUACCGUCCUCCGCUGGGGCUGGGGUUCGAGUACUCCAAUUUCGCCACUCAACAGAAUCCGCAGUUACCGAACCAACCACCCCCAAACUACUCAUCUCUCCAGAACCCCGGGGUGUCGAACCAAUACCCACCACUUGGUGGGCAACCAAGCUCGUCCACCAUGAUCUGGUCAAGCAAUGUGGUGGCGCCAGCUCCAAUGUCCAUGAACGAGCCCCCUCCACAAGACUAUACAAAAAGAGCACUCUUUGCAACCCUAUGCUGUUGUUUCCCAAUCGGACUAUGCGCUCUAAUGAACGCAAAUGCGUCGAAGAAGGCCCUGGCAAGAGGAGACCUGAACGCGGCUCGAAAUAGCGCCAACUCAGCGCGCACCUUGUCUACCGUGGCCUUUAUAGUGGGAAUAGUCACCAUCCUGGGCACUGCUGUCGUAGUGGGCGUGUACGUGUACUUUAUUCUGUCCAUCACCAACACAGAUGAUGAAUAUUAAACAGUGUGGUGUUCUGAACGUACUGUGGGGGAAGAACAAAUCUGAUAGUUGAUUGGAUCAAAACUUUUAAUUGCAUCACCAUGUUAAUGAUAUAUAU